UAACAUGCCCACCUGUGCUCACUUUAUUAAUUAGAUAGCUAAUGAAAUUACUAAUUAUUUAGAGAAUUUUCUGUUAUAAUCCGUUAAUUUUUUCUACGAAUUAUGACUAGGACUUCAUAUUUGGAAGGUGGACAGUGCACAUUGUUUGUGUCAUUGCAAAAUGCAAUUAUGGUUGUUCAGUGUAUUUCUUUUCGUACCUGCAUUAGGGGAGGACUUCCCAUCAUUGAUAACUGCGAAUGCAUCGAUAGCCGUAGUACUAGAUCGUCAGUACCUCGGCGAACAAUACCAGUCUAUACUGGACGACCUGAAGGACUACAUCAAGGAGCUGGCAAGGGUUGACCUCAAGCACGGCGGAGUCGUUGUACAUUAUUUCUCAUGGACUACAAUCAGUCUUAAGAAAGGUUUUAUAGCAGUCUUCAGUAUAGCAUCAUGCGAAGAUACAUGGUCCUUAUUCUCCAGAACGGAAGAAGAGGAUUUACUUCUAUUUGCCUUAACAGAGGUGGACUGUCCACGGCUCCCACUGAACGCAGCUAUCACCGUCACUUACACUGAACCUGGUGAAGAGUUACCGCAGAUACUCCUCGAUUUGAGGACUACAAGGGCAUUUAAGUGGAAAUCAGCGGCCAUAUUGCAUGACGACACUUUGAGUCGCGACAUGGUGUCUCGGGUGGUGCAAGCUCUGACAUUGCAAAUUGAGGAUGAUAGUGUACCGUCCAUAUCAGUCACGGUGUUCAAGAUGAAGCACGAGGUAAAUGAAUAUUUGAGGCGCAAAGAAAUAUACCGUGUUUUAUCCAAAUUACCUGUCAAAUACAUAGGUGAAAAUUUUAUAGCGAUAGUAACCUCUGAUGUGAUGACAACCAUGUCAGACACGGCCAGGGAGUUGUCCAUGUCACAUACUCUGGCACAGUGGUUGUACGUCCUCUCAGAUACAAACCGUCAUAAUGGAAACUUAUCUAACCUGGUCAACACUUUGUAUGAAGGGGAGAAUAUAGCUUUCCUUUAUAAUAUUACAGAUGAUAAUCCUAAAUGUAAGAAUGGUAUAUUGUGCUACAGUCAAGAGAUGAUGAGUGCAUUCAUAUCAGCUUUGGAUACAGCAAUUCAAGACGAGUUCGACAUAGCCGCCCAGGUCUCCGACGAGGAGUGGGAAGCUAUCAGGCCCACUAAGAUUCAAAGACGAAAUAUGCUUCUAAAACACAUGCAGCAAUAUCUGGCCGUUAAAGCCGAGUGCGGUAACUGUACUACGUGGAGGGCGCUGGCGGCGGACACUUGGGGUACCACUUACUCACUCCUAUCCGACACACCAGAGCAGGAAGUAAAGGCUGUAGAAAAUAUUACCACUCCUGUAAUAGAGAAGAUCGAUUUGAUGCAAGUCGGAUACUGGCGGCCUAUGGAUGCCAUGAGGUACGACGAUGUUUUGUUCCCACACGUGGAACAUGGAUUUAGAGGGAAACAGCUACCCAUUAUUACAUAUCAUAACCCUCCGUGGACUAUAUUGCAGGUAAAUGAAUCCGGCGCAGUCUCCGGAUAUAGAGGGCUUAUGUUCGACAUUGUCGAACAGUUGGCUAAAAACAAGAAUUUUUCGAUUAAAAUCUUACUGCCGAGUAAUAUAAAGAAAGAUUUCUCAAACGAGUCCAUCACAGAGAUAAUGAGUGAGAGCUCGCAGCUAGCAUUAUCAGUGGUGGCGAAAGGUCAGGCUGCCCUAGCUGCGGCAGCCUUCACCAUUGUACCUGACCGAAAUCCAGGUAUAAACUACACGAUACCAGUGAGCACACAGCCGUACGCGUUCCUGAUAGCGCGCCCGAGGGAACUCAGCAGAGCUAUGUUGUUUUUGCUUCCAUUUACUACUGAUACGUGGCUCUGUCUAGGACUAGCUGUAAUACUUAUGGGGCCUACUCUAUUCGUGGUGCAUCGCAUGAGUCCGUACUAUGAGGCCAAAGAGAUUACGCGUCAAGGCGGACUGGCUACCAUACACAACUGUCUAUGGUAUGUGUACGGGGCUCUCUUACAACAAGGUGGUAUGUACUUGCCGCGAGCCGACAGCGGGCGUUUGGUCGUUGGCACGUGGUGGUUGGUAGUUCUGGUGGUGGUCACCACGUACUCCGGAAACCUGGUCGCGUUCCUCACAUUCCCCAAACAAGAGGUGCCGGUGACGACCAUUGCUGAACUCUUGGAGAAUAGUGACACGUACACCUGGUCGAUCACUAAAGGAUCCUAUUUGGAGAAUGAAUUGAAGAAUUCCGACGAGCCGAAAUACAAGGCUCUACUGAAGGGCGCCGAAUUAAUUUCAGAUAUAAAAGGAACGAAUGCUACUUCCAUUUUAGAAUCAAAUCUGUUAAGCCGCGCUCGCGAGCAGCGCCACGUGAUCGUCGACUGGAAGCUGCGACUUGCGUAUCUCAUGAGAGCAGACUACCUCGCCAAGGACACCUGCGACUUUGCUCUCAGUGCAGAUGAAUUUUUGGACGAACAAGUUGCAAUGAUUGUGCCCGCUGGGAGUCCCUACCUUCCUGUUAUUAAUAAGGAGAUAAAUCGCAUGCAGAAGGCUGGUCUCAUCAGUAAGUGGCUGUACGCGUACUUACCGAAGAGGGACCGCUGCUGGAAGACGUCGUCGGUGGCGCAGGAGGUCAACAAUCACACGGUCAAUUUGAGCGACAUGCAAGGGUCCUUCUUCGUGUUAUUUCUUGGAAUCUUCUCCGGGACUUCGGUGUUGGUGUUCGAAUUCUUAUACAACAGGCGCAAGAAGCGAACAGAGAAUGUUAUAAUCAAACCUUACGUAGAAUAAAACAUUUAUAAGUGAAACGACU